ACUUGAUUCCGCAAAGUGUGCCAGACUUCCUGAAGUUGCGUACGCUCAGAAGCAUCGGCCGACAUAUGAUGCUGUCGCAGAUUUGAAUCCGGAACUUGAAAGAUAUCAGAAACUUGAACCCGCUUUUCUCCGGCUCUGAACAGCCCCGCGUAAAGGGCUAGGUGCUCCGCCGUGGUAGUCGUACGGUAGACCUCAGGCUGUCCAGUGGCUAGUCUGACUCAGCAAUGCAGCUUCGUGUUCAACUGUCGAAAUACAGUAAAGACGCGUCGAUGCUUCUUUCUUUCUUUUCACUCGCAACGGCAUCCACCAUAUUACUAUCUAGGUACCUACGUCGUAUCCUGAUGACUACUGCUAGUAGACCAUCAUCGUGACUCACUCGGCCACAGCUAUGGCAGGAUGAACCGGAUCUCUUGCUCCAAGAACCACAGAGGUUUCAAGAGCGAUGAAGCCAUCGAGAAAGAAUACGGUAGGACCUUUGUUCAAUAACCUGUAUGCAAACAGUGUUGCAUAGUCUCAGGGCCAUUAAAAUGUCAUUUAUGCUGCCGUUCACAGGCCAAAGCAGAGCGCCUUUGAAUGAAAGAAUGGGGUGCAGCUACAUUAUUCGGCCGACCCAUGUCACAGUGAUAUCUCGAAUAUCGCCAUGUCCCCCGAUACGGCCUCAGCUUCAUAUGGCAAAUUAUGGCCUAUUACCACCUGCAGUCGCACCAGACCUUUCUUCGCCAGAUUCCAACACCUUUUCAGUCAGCCCGGUCGACGAGUAUUUCUUCGAAGUCUUGUCUUGCCAGUCUUUGCGCACGAAGGUUCCCCUGACGCUGUCGCCCUCGCAAGCAUGCGGAGACCACUCUCCUAAUUUAUAUUUCUCAGGCGCCCGGCGGACACCUCGCCCACCGCCUCCUACGAUGAGAUUGCCGGGCCGGUAGUCUGGUCGAGCUUCCAUACGCUUGAUGACCGUAUUGUGGAUCUGCGCGUCAGGGGGGAUAUCACGGGUCUCCCCCAUAGGCAACGGCCUAAUUAAGAAACAAGAGUCAACUUUCGACCAGCAUAGCCCGGUCAUGCAUAUGAUCAUCGGACCAGCAGACCUCGAGCAGCGUUAACGAGCCCUUGAAUUUGUGCAAGAGGGCCAAACAGAAAUCCUUGGGAUUGUCCGCUCAAAGAUGUGUACCAAACAAGACCUGUGAAAAGCAGUGCUUACCAUCGAAUCGCUCUCCAUCUUCCCUCGUGCAAAUCCAUCCUCCGGAAAGGCAGAUAUUCCAUCAUUUUCCAGAAGAUGACGUUAGCCCACGUCAAGCCGUGGCCUAUCUCAAGACAGUCAUGAAUGGAACCGUGCGAAUAGCAGCCUUCGAGAUGGCGCAAAAACUGCUCACUUGAGCUAUAAUCUUCAAUCCGUGCGCCGAAUUGGUCGAGUUCUCCAGGGAUAUAAGAUCGAUCGGCGAUUUUGCUAGACGAAGAACAAGGACAUUCAGACUAAUCGCUCGGAGUUGCAUUUGCAAAACCGUGGUCACUCACCUGAGAUCGAACUUCAAACCCGCCCGUUCCGCUUCAUGCACCAUCCACAUCAGCGGGACAUGGCUAAGCAUCUUCUCGUGUUCGUGGAUCUUCUUCCAGCCACCCCCGACAUCUCCAUGCCCGCCUGCAAACCAAACUUCUUGGAUGUCUUGGUCAUGCUUCUCUUCUGACCAGCGGCGGCGCAGUCGUGGACGGCCUUUGCCUUGCUGCGGUUGGUCGGAUGUUCCUGUCGUUGAUCCAAUGUCCUCGCUGUUAGGUGUAUGGACAGAAUGGGCAAGACUCUCCGAAGAUAUGUUUGGCCGGCCCCGAGCCGACGGUACCGAGAGAUAGCCUGGGUCGUGAUGAUUCUGAUCGGCGCUAGACCGCUCUGGCGAGGAUGCAACUUCAAUGUUUGUCCGUGGAUUUACAGCCGCUGUGGAAUCUGUGCCGGUCGUAGGCAUAUUACCACGCCCAGAAUUGCCGUCCUUCUCCUGGGCACUCUCCUGAGUCGUCCAGUUGGAAUCCGAGCCGUACCGGUGAAUUUUCUGAGGUAGACUGCUUUCAUCCUGAUGUUGGUGAGACGCACUGAUCAGAUCCUGACGGAACUUGGCUCGCCUUUCGUCGAUUGAGACCGCGUGCCGGAUCACUUUGGCUGAAGGCCGUGCUGUGUACGGGAAUUUGGUGCGGGCCAUCCAAGCCGACUCGAAGCGUGGCACAGAGUUCACCGUGUCAAAUAACCCGAGGAAUCGAAUCCGGCGGACCGGUCUGCUGCUAUUCGAGCGGUGAGAUUUCAUAAUCCGACCCAGACCUGGGCAACUCAGACUUACAAUGUCUGUCGAAAUCCUCGCAUGAAUUCGUACAGCUCUUUCUCUUUUCUUUUUGCCUUCUCGGUACUGUCGCUCUUCCUACAGGCCCACUUGGCAUAUGUCUUCCAGGCAAACUUGAUCAGUUCUUCGUUACCGGCACAAAGCAAACCGAUAUGAUCCAGCAUCUCGGCGAGAAAACGGGCUGUGUACGCCCCUCGGCUGAAACCAAAGAAGUACAAGUCAUCUUCGGAGUUAUAGUACCUCAUCAGGAACUGAUAGCCGCCCAUGACAUGUUCUGCGAAGGACGAACCGAUGGCCGAGUCCUUGGCCUUGAGGUACGCAGAACGGAUACGCCCGAUCAUGGAUGUGGUUUGCAUCUGUAAAAAAUCUUAUUAUCUACACCGCGGCUUGUUGACCAUGUUCUCCUUCUGCAACUCUACUUACCGAAUGAGAUGCUACGUAGGUGCCAAUCCCCGGUUGGUAGAAGGUGUACAUGGUGGCAUCCGUUCUGUCAAGCAUCCUGUACAGCUUCAGGAUGUUGCUAUCGGCAUCGGUGCCGCUGAACUUAUUUCCUGUGCCCUGCCAGAUUGAAUGUCAAUUCUUCCAGCUCCCAUGAGAUUCACCGGGGCGCUGCAGUUCUACUAACAUCGAAGCAUAACACAAAUGUGUUUCUCUGAAGACUCCGGCUUGGGUCUGAGACGGCCAUGUCUGAAGGCAGGGCCUGGGAGAGGGGGCUAUCGACAGCUUGUCUAAGGAAGAGUGCGAAUGAAGGGAAGAGCUGGGCCGUGAGGCCUAAUUGUUGAAAGGAGGGAGGGUGACAGGUCGUGAGCCUGAACAACACUGCCGACCAGGUGUCAGGUGAGGACGACCGUAGUUCCGCCGAGGGCAUGGACGGUUGAGCUGUUCCGGUUCAAUCUCCAACAUUGCUUAUGUGCGGAUUCCAUCCACAGAAUUCAGUGGUUUCGAGUUUUUACUUAACCAUACACAGUUGAUCAACCGCGCAUAUUCUCCGUCCUUGCGAGGUCGGAUUCAUCGCUCUUACAGCAAGACCCCUACUCACCGACAAUGUCGCACCUCCUCACGACUUGGGCAUCCAACGGAUUGGCAACCGUGCCCCAUUUUAUCAUCCCUCAUGCAAUGAUAAUGUGGGAUGUUUGCUUUUGACAAUCCUUCUCGUUCAGGGAAGAUGAAGGAAAUCUGUGGAUGGGAGUGCUCUCCGUACUGCAAUUGCGGUAGGUAUGUGAUCAUCCGCAGCUUCGUGUAACGCAUACCUAGGUAUAUACAUGGAAGCACGACAGCACGAGUUCCGCAUGGAAACCCCUCUCAUGGACUGUCCAUCAAGUGUGUCUGCCGCUUCAGCCAGCGCAUGACAAUGCAGGCCGUCACGCAAUACUCCUCAUAUCAUGUGGCACGGCGUCAACUCUCCGGCAACAUUCAGACCCUCUCCAACUCCGCGAAAGAAGUCUCCAGAUCGCAAAGACUUUAUUUGAUUAUGGUCUGGCAGAGCAAGAAAUUCGUGUAUACAGCCGGAAAAGCUAGUCCACCCUCCACGGCCGGGCGCGACAGUGCAAAAGGCACCCCUGCGUUCUGUGCGAAGUUGCAUAGUAGGUACCCGAGGCAGAGUGUGGGAGGGAUGGCCGCCUAGACGAGCGAAUCUGGUGGCUGGCGUUGUUCAGCCGGCGGAGAUCGACUUCGAGGGAGCUGAUACUAGUAGGGCUCGAUGGCGGCCAACUUGUGAUUCGUCUCAGCCGCAUUCAUAUUAUGCAUCCUGACCGCCAUCACUCCAAAGAGGCGUCCAAUCAACUCAGCUGCUGGACCAUCCACUACUAUCGUUACCGCCAGGGGAACGCCCCCACCAUUCUCGAUGUACACGUAGAAGUCAAAGCCAUAGCUGAGGCUGUGACACUUCACCUCAAUGCAGGGAGCGGACAUCCCACGGCGAAGGUGCCAGCGCAAGAACUCAAUUGCAUAUCUCUCGAGAGUCAUUGGACACUGCCUUCAUUUCGCUCCCUGGCCAGCCGAGAUUGAGAAAGCCAACUUCAGCUGUAUCACGCAAGCGAACACGUCUCACACAAAUGCCCGAAGCCGUUCAACAUGCUACACAGAUACUCCGCAUAGAUUUCAAAACAAACUGGGCUCCCUGUCUAUCACAGUCAGUAUGCGAUUGGGGCAGAAGUUGUACGGUCGUUGGAGUAAUGUGUCGCGUCUCAAGCCCCAUUCACCUGACAUCAACUACCUUGCGUGUCGACAUCGGCAUUCAGUCGACGUGCAUAGCAUUUUCUGCUGAUGCAGCCCCCCUGCCAGGCGCAAGCUAGACAGUGUGGUAUUGGGCCCAGUGACCUUGCUUGACUCCUUACGAGAAGGACAAGCAUUCAGAAAAGGCGCCGAAUCUUGACUCGGAGCCCUUGUCUUCAUAUCUUCUGUUUCUCUCUUCAUCUAGAGCAGCCUCUGGUUUCUCUCUUUACUAGUUGCUCAUAUCAUUUGCACGUCGUCAGCUUUCGACUGGCGAUCGCAAAAAUGCCUCUGCUCCGGAGACUGUCAUCUCGCUUCAAAAGCAACAAGAGCACAAACAAUGAGAGAAACAAUGUCAAUGGAUCUCUCAGCGCCGUUGAGGAAAAGCCGACUCCAAUCUCGCGUGGUGCUCAAAGCAACAAUUCUCCAGCAGUGGGAAGUUCUGUCGAGCAGAGUCUUCAGAAGACGAAGGAGGUCCAGCCUCUACCUUCUUACAGAUCAACAACGACUCAACCCGCGGCUGUACCUGCUCCUGCGGAGAAGGAAAAUGAUGCUCCGGUAACCAGGGAAAACAUCGAGAGCAUCUUCGAGGAGUUUGCACAACUAAUCCACGCUUCUCGACGUCCACUACCAACUCAAUCUGGUGACGGACAGUAUUUGGAGAAGGAUGAGCAAACCGGGAUCUUGUCCGAUCUGCCUCAUCUUGGAAUCAAGGAUCUCAAAACCGCAACACAUAUUGUGGGGGAUUUACUGAGUGGCAAACCAGUGGACGACCGAAAGAUGCAUAUGGAAGAGGUCAUGCAGCUGGUGGCUGCUCUACCUGACCGUUCCGCCAACCGUGUCAACCUCACCAGUCAGCUUCUGGAUGUUCUAUGGAACUCUCUGCAGCAUCCUCCGAUGUCGUACAUGGGAGAUGAUUAUCGCUACCGCUCUGGCGACGGAUCAAACAACUCUUACAUAUUUCCCAAGCUCGGGGCUGCCAAUACACCAUAUGCUCGCUCGGUCAGUCCAAAAAUCGUCCAGCCAGGUGCACUUCCUGAUCCCGGUCUGUUGUUCGAUUCACUCUUGGCUAGAGAAGAGUUCAAACCUCAUCCGAAUAAUGUGUCUAGCAUCUUCUUCAACUGGGCGUCCCUGAUCAUCCACGACCUUUUCCAGACUGACCACAAAGAUUACAGCAUUAGCAAGACGUCAAGCUACCUGGACCUUUCGAUCCUGUACGGAGACACCCAAGCGGAACAAGACAUGAUGAGGACAUUUGAAGAUGGCAGAAUCAAACCUGACUGUUUCGCUGAAGAGCGACUGCUGGCAUUUCCACCGGCCUGCGGCGCCAUGCUGAUCAUGCUGAACCGUUUCCACAAUUAUAUAGUGGAGCAGUUGGCGCUCAUCAACGAGAAUGGCAGAUUUGACAAGCCUUCCAGCCGGCUGUCAGGCGAUGCAGCAACCGCAGCAUGGAAAAAGUAUGACAAUGAUCUUUUCCAGACAGGCAGGCUGAUCACAUGCGGCUUGUACAUCAACAUAACCUUGCAUGACUACCUCCGGACAAUCGUCAACCUGAACAGCACAAACAGCACGUGGACACUGGAUCCCCGGUUGGACAAACCAAAAACAUUCGGCAGCGACGGUACGCCUCGAGGAGUUGGCAACCAAGUUAGUGCCGAGUUCAGUCUAUCGUAUCGGUGGCAUUCGUGCAUCGGCCAACUGGAUGAAGCAUGGACUGAAGCCGUGUAUCAGGAGUUGUUCGGUAAACCUCCGGGCGAAGUGUCGUUACAAGAGUUGAUGUCCGGCCUGGGCAAAUAUGACCAUGAUCUGCCCCAAGACCCUCAGCAACGGCCUUUUGCUCACCUCCGGCGAAACGCCAAUGGGAUGUUCGAAGACGAAGAUCUUGCGCGUAUCAUGCGGGCCGGCAUAGAACAAGUUGCUGGAGCAUUUGGGGCACGAAAUAUUCCCAAGUCCAUGCGAGCCAUCACCAUCCUGGGCAUCAACCAAUCUCGGUACUGGAACCUGUGCACGCUCAAUGAGUACAGAAAGUUCUUUGGCCUGAAAACCUAUGACACUUUCGAAGAAGUCAACAGGGACCCCUAUGUAGCUGAGCAGCUCAAAAACCUAUACGAGCAUCCGGACUAUAUCGAACUGUACCCUGGACUGGCCAUUGAGGAAUACAAGCAACCAAUGAUUCCUGGAGUGGGCAUUUGCCCAAAUCAUACAAUUUCUCGAGUGGUUCUGUCCGACGCCGUGGCCCUUGUUCGAGGCGACCGAUUCUAUACGCUCGAUUAUGGUCCCAAGAGCCUUACCAAUUGGGGAUACAACGAGGUCGCGUUUGAUUUGAGCAUCAAUCAAGGCUGCGUUUUCUACAAGCUCAUGCUUCGAGCCUUGCCCAACCAUUUCAAGCCGAACAGUAUUUACGCACAUUAUCCCAUGACGAUCCCGUCGGCAAAUGCAAAGAUAAUGAAAACCUUGGGUCGCUACCAGGAUUACGACUGGAACCCACCUGCGUACAUGCCUACGAGGGUGAAUCUGACCUCAUACCAAAGCGCCAAAUACCUGCUCGAGAGACCCAAAGAGUUUACUGUCAUGUGGAACGACGGGUUGGGCUUUGUCAUGGGCAAAGGAGGAGAAAAGUUCUGUCUCGGAGGCGACAGCACAUUUCACCGGCGACAGCGCGAGACGAUGCAUCAACUCAUCUACAGGGACCAAUGGCACGAGCACGUCAAGAGAUUCUACAGCGACAUCACAUUACGUCUGCUGCACGAGAAAAGCUGCCGUGUUGCGGAUAUCAACCAAGUAGAUCUGACGCGGGACGUCGGCAAUCUGGCGCACGUGCAUUUUGCGUCCAACAUGUUCGCGCUGCCUCUCAAGACGGCCGAGAACCCGCGGGGCGUCUUCUCGGAGCAGGAAAUGUGGAUGGCCAUGAGCGUUAUCUUCACGGCCAUCUUCUUCGACUUCGAACCGACCAAGUCGUUCCCCCUGCGCAUGGUGGCUCGCAAACUCGCGACCACGCUGGGAAAGCUGAUCGAGGCAAACGUCAAGUCUGUGACGGCGACGUCGCUCGUGAGCAACCUGGUUGAUGGGUGGCGCGAGAACCACAACGCCCUGGCCGAUUAUGGUGUACAUAUGAUCCGGCGCCUGGCUCAGACGGGCAUGAGCACGUACGACAUGGCAUUCAGCCAGAUCAUGCCGACCGCAGUCGCCAUGGUGCCCAACCAAUCGCAAGUGUUUAGUCAGGUCAUGGACUACUACUUGGGGUCUGAGGGGGUCAAAUAUCUGCCUGACAUCCAACGUCUCGCCCGUGUUGAUAGUAGAGACUCGGACGAGAAACUGAUGCGUUAUGUUAACGAGGGCAUUCGUCUCAACGGCACGUUUGGCAGUUAUCGUCGCAGCGAGGUGCAUCACGUUUUCAACGAGAGUGAUAACGAUGGACAGAGCGGUGGUGGUCGCAGCAAACAAGUCCCCGUCAAACCAGGCGACAAAGUCUUCUGCAGCUUCGUCAGCGCCGCCCGCGACCCAACCAUCUUCCCGGAUCCCGACACCGUCCGUCUCGACCGUCCGCUCGACUCGUACAUCCAUUACGGCAUUGGGGACCAUUCCUGUCUAGGGAAAGAGGCCAGUCUGGUCGGCUUGACCGCCAUGUUGAGGACGGUGGGGAAAUUGCACAAUCUGAGACGAGCGCCGGGUCCUCAGGGAAAAUUGAAGAAGGUCCCUCGUCCAGGUGGUUUCUACGUCUAUAUGCGCGAAGACCAGGGGUCGUACUUUGUCUUUCCGUGUACGUUUAAGGUGCACUAUGAUGGCGUUCUUCCGCCGUUGCCUGCUUGAUUCUUCUUCUUCUGCUGGGGCUGUUGUUGCUGCUGCGGCUGCAGGAUAGGAUAGGUAUCGGGCAGGGCAUAUACUGUGGUAGCCUACUGGCCUAUUCUAUUCUAUUAGCAUGGCAGGACAGGACACGAAAGGACAAGACAGGACAAGACUGGUCUGGUCUGGCUUGGUUCGAUUUGAAGAAGCGGACCGGAGAUGACAGACACAGAAACGGAAAAAACAAGACAGAGCCGAAACAGUGCAGUGCGACGGAACGGACUCCACGAUGCUUUCUUGGAAGCUGGAUUUUCUUCCUUUUAGUUGAGAACGAUUCACGAAUGAGGUGGACUGGACUGGAUCAGACGGAACUUGAGACGACUUGAGAUGACUGGACUCGACUCAUGAUGGGAGAUGAGAACAAAGGCCCUUGCUUUUGGUACCUAAUCUAGUUCAUAUUCAUUUCAUCGGUUUGUUUCGUUUUUCUCCGAACUACUCUAUCAAACAUGUCAAUGUCAAGGUUGACUGGACCGACAUGGCAACCUCUUGUCAGAUCUCGUACUCAUGGCGUGAGUAUAAUGGUACCCUAGGUAAUGUGUACCAAUGCUCGAGCACGAGUUUUCACAUGACAUACCUUCGUCACUGAGUAGAGAGUGCAUUCAAACAUUC